GUAUGAUGUUCGUUACUGAAAUUAUUUCGAAAUUAUUCGGCAGUCGUAGGUCACGCGCGUCAUUCUUAUCGCGAUUGUUGUAACUUGUUUACAACCAAGAUACACCGCAUAGAUACACUCUCUCAACGCAAUUUAAAUUUCAUUACGUUAAAAAUAACUUUAAAUGUUACAAUCUACAGCAGCCAAUUAAUUUGCAACAGAAAUUUAACAUGUAACGAUCAACUGCCGGAAUAAAAAAAUUAUUCGACAAUUGAGCAAAAGAUAUAUUUUAGUUUUCCAAACAAAUAUAUGAAUAAAUAAACAUGAGACUCCGACUUAAACUGUCAAAAACAAUUUGAAUCAAUUAUUAGUGACGUAAGUCGCGAAAUUAUCAGUGAAGUUCGUCCGUUCGAUGAUAUUUUGUUUACUUGACAUCCAAGAUAUACGUGGCUGCGGCGUAAUGAUUGACAUAGUGCGACGUGAUAUCACGAAGGUAUCGAGAUAAUAUCGUGCCGGACGUAGAGACGACGGCGGCAAAUUACUCGGCAGGGGGUGGGUCAUGUUCGCCACCGUGAACGGUGGAUUCACGAACCGGCUUUGGUCGCGUGGACUCGCGCGCAUUCGCGGAUCGAGGUCGACGUCGGACAAAGCCACCAAAUCGGCCAAGACCUCGCUGUUGGCCAAGAAGGCUUCGCCAUCGCCCAAAGACGCGGCUUUAGCGGCUGACAUUGCAGCUGUCGCAGCGUGCAAAACACGUCUGAAACCGGCGAAAGUUGAACCGAGACUGCAGACUGUUCGCGUGUACCGAUGGAAUCCGGAAACGCCGCACGUCAAGCCGUAUAUGCAGCAGUUCAGCGUGGACCUGAACAAAUGCGGCACUAUGGUACUGGACGUACUGACGUUAAUCAAGGCGCAGUACGAUCCGACUUUGUCCUUUCGGAGAUCCUGUCGCGAGGGCAUCUGCGGCUCCUGCGCGAUGAACAUAGACGGCGUCAACACUCUGUCUUGCAUAACAAAGGUAAAGGAAUCUGUGGAGGAUCCAGUGGUGAUCUAUCCUCUGCCGCACGCGUACGUGAUUCGCGACCUGGUGCCGGACAUGGAGCAGUUCUUGGAGCAAUUUCGCAAGAUCGAUCCGUACUUAAAACGCCCGGGUGAGGACGGCUUCCUGGGUUUGCGACAAAUUUUGCAAAGUCCGCGGGACAGGAGCAAGCUCGACGGCUUGUACGAGUGCAUAAUGUGCGCCUGUUGCACGUAUUCCUGUCCGCCCUACUGGUGGCUCGGCGACAAGUAUCUGGGACCCGCGGUUCUGCUGCAGGCAUACAGGUGGGUGAUAGACUCGCGAGAUAUGGCACAUAAAGAAAGACUAGCGAAGCUACGGGACUUUUAUUCGGUUUAUCGAUGUCAAACGAUCUUCAAUUGCACCAAGACGUGCCCAAAGGGUCUAAAUCCGGGCAAAGCGAUAGCGCAGCUAAAACGUUUACUGGCCGGUCUUGCGACGAAAGAGAAACCAGAUAUCGAGACGGCUGUUCCAAAUCCUUGCCGCAGCGAAGAGCAUCCGCCCGAAAAGAAGUAGAAAAACCGAGAAUGUCUUGCCUUCUCUUUUAAUGUAUAGUACUGCCCAUCGCUUUGGAUAAGAGCCUCGCAUUUAUAAUUGAGUAAUAAAACGAUGUUCUUAUUAUAUGAAAGCUCCUAUAUAGUGCUAAUUGUAGUUCGAAAUAAAUUAAACCUACAUUUUUCAAUUGCUUGACACGGAAUGUCUCAGUCUUGUUUUAUUGGUGUUUCGUUAAAGAUCUUAAAUAUGUUAACAAAAAAUUAUAGAUAAAUCGCGUCUUAAUACUCAUCACAGUGUUUACAAUUGCGAUAUAUGUUAUCUUAAUAUGUAAAAGAUUAUCUCUUGUCACAAGUUAAAUCACAAAUUGUACUUUACUCAUCAAAUUGAGAGAAGCGUCAAAAAGUAAAAGUUAUAGUGUAUACGCGGAAUGUUUAUAUAAUUUAUCUAAGUUU